AUGCUUCAGCUGGUUGAUCUCAUCAAGAGGAUGCAGAAGUCCAAAGGAGCGAUGGACUCUCGUGAACGUGAAGGCAAAAAACGAAAAGAGCAAGACAAACGGAAGGCUGAGCAUCAACCAGUGCGACGAACCCAGAAAGAACAGCCUACUGCCAAGAAGCCCAGAGGACGCGAAGAACGGAGGGCUCGAAGGCCACCACCUACCCAGAAGCCCAGAGGACACGAUGAACGGAGGGCUCGAAGACCACCACCUACCCAGAAGCCCAGAGGACACGAUGAACGGAGGGCUCGAAGGCCACCACCUACCCAGAAGCCCAGAGGACACGAUGAACGGAGGGCUCGAAGGCCACCUCCUACCAAAAAGCCUAAAAGGCACGAUGAACGGAGGGCUCAAAGAGCACCUUUCAAAGAAAGCCCCCCAGAACACAAUAAACGGAAGUUGUGGCAGGAAGUACAGAAAGAAAGAGAUGAACUGGUCUUUGCGUUGAUGGACCAGAUGGAGAACUUGUAUCCAGUCUCUGAAAAUAUCAUUUUAAUAAACCACUUAGACAAACACAUCUAUGAUCUUGAAGCGGCCACAAAAGACCAUUUGGAAAAGGUGAUUACGAAAGUCAAGCUGUGCCGCUGUCAACCGUUAGGUCCGAAGGAACAAGAAAAGCCGCGUCUUGGCCGGAGGCAGCUAAAAAAGUUGCUGGCAAAACGGAAACGUUUAGUGGAUGCGCUGUAUUUACAAGUUGAAGGCAUUGAUCCAGCGGAGGAGAACCUCUCCAUCAUAUAUCACCUGGAUGGUCACAUACUGGACCUCCUUCUGGCUGGAAGAGGCGCGAUGGCAGCAGUCAUAGCAGAGACCAAAAACUGCCAAUGUCAAGCCUUCGAAGGACCAAAGAAGAAGAAAUGGAAGAAGGUGAGAAAACAGAAGGACGAACUAAUCUACGAUUUGAUGAUCCGGAUAGAAAGGAAGGAGCCAGUCUUUGCAAAUCUCACGAUGAUAGAUCACCUGGAACAUCACAUCCGGGACCUCGAGAGGGCAGCAGCAGAUGAGCUCAAAGCUUUGAUCAAGAGCAUCAAAAAAUGCUCAUGUCAAGCUGCACUGCCCAAGAAAUUCAAGGAAGAUCGGGAGAAGAAGCCGUUCUUUGGGAUGAUGAGUUGGAAGAACGCUCUGAAAGAAAUGAAUAAUCUAAUAGAGAAAUUGUCAGAACAGUUAAACGAAGGAAACGACUUCACGCUGAGAGGACACUUGGAGAACCACCUGUGGCUCCUCCAGCGAGCAAAAGUAGGAGACAUCGAGUUCCUUCUAGAAAAGGUUCAAAACUGUUGGUGCCAGAAUCCAUGGGAAAAUGGAACUUAUGGACAGGAGAGCACCAUUCAGGAAACGGAAAGCGUCGUAGAAUAUUCAUCCUCAUAUGGAUUUGAAGAUAUUCUAGACGACAGAGGCGAAGACUUUCCAGGAGACACAGACGAAUAUUCGUCCUCUUAUGAAGAGUCCGCCUAUUACGAAUAUUCGUCCUCUGUUUCUCUAGAGAGAACCGGAGAAUGGUCGUCGCAGGAGCUUUCCACAGAAAGACAGCAGAGAGGAGAGUACAGAGAUCGAGAGACUCCCAGGACAAGUAGAAGUGAUACACUCAUCAGCCUCUAUGAGGGCGAACCCUCUCUUGCCAUCAUCGUCGAACAGCAACUCCGACAGAAAUUGCAAGAGGAAAAGAACGCCCUCGUUGACGAGAUGAAAAGGAACGACGAAGCGAGAGAGCUUUUACUGAAUGAGAGACGUGCUCUCGAUGCGGAAAGGGAACACUUCCUCCAGGAAAAGGCAGAGCUCGACAUUAUGCGACAGCAGCUCCAUGAAGAGAAGACCGCCUUUCAGAGGGAACUCGCUCAAAGGAGGGCCGUGGAUUUGGAUAGGGAAGCCCUCCAGAGAGAGAAGGAAACUUUCUGCGAAGAACUCGUCGCCUGGAGGGAAGAGCUGAGAAGAGAGAAAGAGAACCUCAAGAAUCAAGAGAGGCUCGUCCAGGACAUGAAAUUGGAGAGGGAGGCCCUGCAGAAUGAGAGGAGGCUCUUCGCUACCCACCUCAUACAAAUGAGAGGAGACCUCAUGAAGGAAAAAGAGGACCUUAUUAUGGCCCAGGAGAAGCUGAGGCUAGACAUUGAUGCCUUCACCAGAGAGAAAGAAGAAAUCGAUCGAGAGUCUCGAAGACGACAGGGCUUCCAAGACAGGAAGGACGAACAGGAAAAGGAUUCGAGACUCCAAGAAAAGCUUCAGGAUAUAAACCAAAGAUCAGUCGGCAACCAAACAAAGAGACGGCGGAAAGACACAGCGCAAGACAUGAGCGAGGACUUCUUCAGAGCUCAUGAAUCAUUACAAAACACAAGAACGGAGGACGUCAAUGAAGAGGAGCUUAAUUUAGGCACGAAGUCUACUACAACUGACAAAUUUCCGAAGACGAAAACUCGAGGAGAAAAAUACACGAGUGGGAAAUGUUCGAAUGAACUGCAUACCGUCGAAAGAUACUCAAAUAGUUCGUCCGUAAACUGUCUUCUGGAUGAACUGAUCGACGGACUUCGUAGAAUCGGCGAGAAAAUAACCCUAGUGGAAGGCAAAUAA